AUGACACCCAACUCCGUGCGGUAUGUGACGUACAAAAUCAGUUCUUCUAAAAGCGCUCCCAAAGACGGACAGAAUCAGUUCUUCUUAAAACGCACUCCCAAAGACGGACAGAAUCAGUUCUUCUUAAAACACACUCCCAAAGACGGACAAAAUCAGUUCUUUUUAAAACGCAUUCCCAAAGACGUACAGAAUCAGUUCUUUUUAAAACGCAUUCCCAAAGACGUACAGAAUCAGUUCUUUUUAAAACGCACUCCCAAAGACGGACAGAAUCAGUUCUUUUUAAAACGCACUCCCAAAGACGGACAGAAUCAGUUCUUCUUAAAACACACUCCCAAAGACGGACAAAAUCAGUUCUUUUUAAAACGCACUCCCAAAGAUGGACAAAAUCAGUUCUUCUUAAAACGCACUCCCAAAGACGGACAAACAUCAGCUUUUCUUAAACCACAUUCCAAAAGACGUUCAGUACGUUAG